AUGCACGCCUUGACCACAACUCUCCUCGGGCUUGGGAGCGCAGCUCUCGUCGCCGCUCAUGGAUAUGUUGACAACGCGACGAUCAACGGCAAUUACUACCAGUUCUAUCAGCCGUACACGGACCCUUAUACAUCUCCAACUCCCGACAGAAUCUCCAGGCCGGUCCAGGGUAACGGUCCGGUCACUGACUUAACAUAUGACGAUCUCCAGUGCGGCGGUUACACCGACGGAGGCAUCGUCGGCUCGUCACCCGCAGUUCUUCAUGCAGACGCUGCGGCUGGCUCCACAGUCACCCUUCAUUGGACGCUGUGGCCCGAGUCGCACGUCGGACCUACUAUCACCUACAUGGCUGCUUGCCCUAGCUCAGGCUGCCAAGACUACAUGCCCGGCGACGACGCCGUUUGGUUCAAGAUUGCCGAGGACGGCCGGGACGGCACGAGUAAUACGUGGGGCGACACGCCGCUGAUGAGCAAUGGCAAUGCCGGAUACUCGUACACAAUCCCUUCAUGUCUUGCUGCAGGCUAUUACCUGGUGCGCCACGAGAUCAUCGCCCUCCACUCAGCAUACAGCUAUCCAGGCGCGCAAUUCUACCCAGGCUGCCACCAGCUUAAGGUGACCAGUUCUGGCUCCACCAAGCCGAGUAAUCUGGUUUCUUUCCCGGGCGCAUACGCCAGCUCCGACCCCGGCAUCACCUACGACGCGUACCAGGCUCAGACCUACACUGUCCCCGGCCCUGAUGUGUUCACCUGUUGA